AUGACCGAUACCGCCGACGCAUCUUCCGCCGCGCCCGCCGCGCAGCGGGCCUCGGAGCAAGCCCGUCUGCGCAAGGAGCGCCGCGAAGCCAAGCUCAAGGCCGGCGGCGCCGACCGCCUCAGCAGGAUCACCGGGAUGGGCGGCCGCGUGGUCGGAGAAGCUCCCGCGCCGGCACGCGCGCCCGCGCACCCGGACCCCGAGGAAGUCGACAUCUCGCAGCGCGUGUGGGAGCCCCCGCGGCCCGAGCAGCCCGACGCGCUCCUGCAGGCCAUGCUAGGCGCGCGGGGCAUCCCGCAUCCGCAGGCGCACACGCACACGCACACGCACACGCACACGCACACGCACACGCAGAGGGCGCCCAGCGGCCGCGCGUGGGCGUGGCGGCUCGCGCACGCGGUGGUAUCGCUCGCCCUGGGGGUCUGGCUCGUCCGCCUGGCGGGCUUCUCGGGCAGCGAGGCCGGGCGGGCGGCCGGGAAGGGUGGCGGGGAGGACGACGAGCGCCGGCGCCGGUUCGUGUGGGCGUUUGCGACGGCCCAGGUGGUGCUGGUGGCGGCGCGGCUGGCGGUCGAGGGGGGCGGUCGCCGGAUGGCGGGGCGGGCGCGGUGCUCGGGGUGCUGCCGGAGCCGCUGA